AUGCUCAGAGCGGAUACCAAGGUAGGUCCCAAGCACAUGCCAACCGUACAAUGGCCACCAGUUGAAAGCGAACAACACGAAAUCGAGCAGGUUCAAGUACUACAAAAGCAUAUCCCAGCAAAGAAAAUGGAAUAUCAAUGGCCACCACCACCUCCAGUUUACCAAGGUGGGUUUCUUGGGAGAGUUGGUAAGAAGAUGGGUAAGCCAGUCAAUGGGGAAAUUCUUUCACGAAGUUGGUUUGUGAAUAGAAUUUUUUAAAA